UCAAAUGAAAACGAUGUUAAUCAAAGAAAUCCAGCAAAAUGAUCCAGAUUUGUUUUCACAUUCUUGCCAAAUACCAUUAUUUAAGUAUUUUAAGAGUUUUUAUGUGCUUCACGUGUAAAAUAAAGUUGCUAUAUAAUCAGAAUAACUUCCUUUGUUGAUGUAGAGUCGCGAUGAACUCCCUAAGUUUCUACGGAACCACGGGCAGUGGCGUGUAUCCCGUCCACGGUGUGAACUCGGUGCUGUUCGACCUCCGCCACCAGGUGGCGCAGCAGUACCAGGCUUACCCCGCUGCUGCAGCUCCGGCGGCGCACACCUUCUCUGUGGCGGAGAGGCUCGCAGAGCUGAUCCUGGAGGCUCGCUAUGGCAACCAGCAGAAGCAGCGACGCAGCCGCACCGCAUUCACAGUGCCGCAGCUGCAGGCUCUGGAGGAGGCCUUCCAGCAGACGCAGUACCCAGAUGUCAGCAUGAGGGAGAGGCUGGCCAUGUGCAUCAACCUGCCUGAGGCGCGCAUUCAGGUGUGGUUCAAAAACAGGAGGGCAAAGUACCGUAAAGGCCAGAGAAGCUCCUCUCUUCCACGGGAUUCCUGUCGGGACGAAACUCUGCAGAGCAGCAAAAAGUCACCGGAGGAAGUGAAGACAGAAGACAAACAGGACGUCAUCACAUCACACGCUGACAGCCAAGCCUCUUCGCGUUUCUGUCCUCGGUUCACUCCCACUGUGGAUAAAAACCAGGAUGCUAACCCUGACCUGUCGCGGUUUCCUCCUUCACUGCCGUCCGCGCCGCUUCUCUCCUUCUCGGCUGCAGAUCGUUUCUGUCGCCCGCCUCAGCAGCCGCUUCUGUCCGCUGAGUUUCCACUUCCUCCGUUGUUCUGGCCGCUCAUACAGCAACACUUCUCCACCUCAGGGAAUCCUUCAUCUGCUACCAAAAAUGGCAGCCUCACUCUUCAGACUAAUUGCUCCACUAAAGUGUUGGGCCACCCUCACCUGUAGGAUUCAAACCCUCUGAACUCGUCUUGAAUUUGAUCCAUUUCACCUUGAAAUUACCAUCCAAUCUUCAAUCAGAUUGGAUGAAGAACAUCUGUGAACAUAAUUUUUAUGUCUUGCAACAGAUUCUCAUUUGGAUUUAAGUCUGGACUUUGACUAGAACAGGGGUGUCCACACUUUUUAGGCUGAGGACCAAACUCCCUAAGCUGAAAGUAUCCAAGGGGGCCAAAAUUUUACUUUAUUUCAUUUCCACAAUUAAAAA